AUGCAUCUCGAAUCCUUCAUCACCAGCAUCUUGAGCUCCUCGACCAGCACUCCAGCCGCCACCAAUCCCGCUGCUCACCGGACGAUAGAUCCUCCCAGCAGCCGUCUCACUACCACGCAUUCACUGACGCCUUUUCUCUCUUCCGAGAUCAAAGCGCGCCGCCCGCCUUACGAAGCCCCCAAAGCCCUUAAACGCCAGCUUUGGACGCCUCUCCUCCCUACCCUCGAUAGAUUCAAGUCUCCCUCCCCGUCCAGCGCUCUCGCGCAACAGCACCGGCAGCUCGACUUCCUCAUGCAGGCUGCGAAACCGCGUCCGCGCCUCUCAGCUUUCGAACCGCUACAAGACGUGAUCCUGCGGCACCUGCUCGCUCCCAGCACCCUCCCACGCCUCCAGCAGCUCCCAGGCCCCCGAUCUCGGCCCUUCCAACUCGUUAUUAAGAGCAGCAGGAUCCUGGGCCGCGAAUGGCGCCGCCUCAAGCGCGCGUUCAAGCGCACGCUCAUACGGAUGCUUAUCUGGAUGGGAGUCCCCGAGGUCAUCAUGGUCGUGGAGUUGAGGGUUGAGAUGGAUGUUCCGAUUCUGCCUUGGAUUGUGUAA